AGAAGUUAAAGGCCCAGACGGAAGUGUAAUGUCCACGAUUAUUACAAAUUCAGAGACAUUACAGUCUAGGGUACAUAUAAUAAAUCAUCCUCUGCCAUCUGCAACUCAACAAACAAAAGAGGCUGAGAAAGAACGCAAAGUGGAUGUUAUGGAUCCAGGAGUUGUCGGCGCAUUUGAAAGUGAUAACAUCGAUAUGAGAAAUACUCAGAGCGCAAGGAAGAUAUAUGCGCAAUGAGCCAAGGUAAAUAUACGCUUGUGAUUCGAAAGCUCUGUUUUUUUUUAUUUUGGAGAGGAUGAACUUGUGAGUCACAGCGUUCAUGGAGUGAAAUCCAACAGAAUGCGCAACAGGCGGAUCAGGCCGGGUUUGGAUGCUGAAGUGGUACUAGCAAUUAAAGCCUGCGUGAAAAAAUGGUGCCAGGGGAGAUUUUUCGCCCUAGAGGAAACCGCUCAGAAUGUAAAGCGGGUUCCAGACUACAUCUCCUACUAUACACAUGACCUGCGAAACACGUGGAAAAACACGGGAAAACUCAUUGAUGAGGAGGAAACUGAUGUCCAGAAAAUAAUUCCUGCAGAACAGGAUCACUUUACUGCAACUAACGAAACCGCAUUAAUUGAUGACGAAAUCAAUUUAAUUUUGGAUUCUUCUGAACGAGAUUGA